UGUGUGUGUGUGUUUGAUCUCUGCUGUUAUCGCGUGGAGAUUCAAAUCUGAGUUUGGGAUAAGAAGUGGAGCCCAUCUAAAGUCUGACUGCACAAAAUUAAGACUGGACUGUUGAUCCUGUGAACGAUGGAUGAAGAUCUGAAAAAGACGAACCCUCACAAUGGGAGCCUCUCAGGGGCUUUGGAUGCCAAAAAGCCCGAUCAGCCAAAAGCAGCAGUUCUGCAGAAGAAUGUGGGUCUCUUAAGUGGCAUCUGUCUGAUAGUGGGAACAAUGAUCGGCUCGGGGAUCUUCAUUUCUCCCAAAGCAGUUCUGGAGGGGACUGGAGCAGUGGGUCCAUGUCUGUGUGUGUGGGCGGCAUGUGGAGUGCUGGCUACGAUGGGGGCCCUCUGCUAUGCUGAACUAGGCACAAUGAUCAUGAAGUCUGGUGGAGAGUAUCCGUACCUGAUGGAGGGUUUUGGGCCAUUGCUGGGAUACCUAUAUUCCUGGACCACGAUCAUCAUGUUAAAGCCUUCGUCAUUUGCCAUCAUCGCCCUGAGUUGUGCCGAAUACGCCUCCACAUCGUUUUACCCAGAGUGCACUCCUCCUCAAGUGGUCACCAAGUGCCUGGCUGCAGCUUGUAUCUUAAUAAUUACAAUCAUCAACUGUCUGAGUGUAAAGCUGGCCUACAGAGUGCAGAACUUUUUCACAGUAGCCAAACUCUUGAUUAUUGUCAUCAUCGUGGUUUCAGGCAUCGUUCUGCUGGCUCAAGGCAAUACCCAGAAUCUCAAAGACUCAUUUGCAGGCGCAACAACAUCAUUUGGAGCAAUUGGCCUUGCAUUUUACAACGGACUAUGGGCUUAUGAUGGAUGGAAUCAGCUUAACUUCAUAACAGAAGAGCUGAAAAGUCCAUACAGAAACCUUCCCCUGGCAAUAAUUAUUGGGAUUCCCCUGGUAACUGUGUGCUAUAUAUUUGUCAACAUUGCAUAUUUCAGUGUCAUGACCCCUACUGAACUUCUGCAGUCUCCUGCCGUUGCUGUGACCUUCGGUGACAGAGUGCUGUACCCAUUAUCAUGGAUUGUGCCUUUAUUUGUGGUGUUUUCCACUUUUGGUGCAGCCAAUGGGAGCUGUUUCACCGCAGGCAGGUUGACAUAUGUGGCGGGACGGGAGGGCCACAUGGUUAGGAUCAUGUCGUACAUCAGUGUGAAACGUUACACACCUUCUCCAGCUCUAAUGUUUAAUGGUAUCUUGUCAAUCAUCUACAUCAUGCCUGCAGAUAUAAACACUCUGAUCAAUUACUUCAGUUUUGCUCAGUGGGUUUUCUAUGGGCUCACAUGUCUUGCACUCAUUGUUAUGCGAUUCACUAGGAAGGAGCUUCAGAGACCUGUCAAGGUGCCAAUAGUCAUCCCUGUUCUGGUGGUGAUUGUGUCCUGUUACCUGGUUCUUGCUCCCAUCAUAGAAAAGCCUGAGUGGGAAUACCUGUACUGCACAAUGUUCAUAGUCGGUGGUCUUCUCUUAUAUGUACCUUUCAUUUACUACAAAUUCAACUGGACUCGCCGCAUCAUGAGGCCACUCACCAUGCACCUUCAGCUGCUACUGGAAGUCAUUCCACCUGAAAAGACUGAGUGACAGAUAUCACACUGGAAGAGUCACACAUGUAAUAACCAGCAGUGGACCACACACUGAUCCAUGGAAAU